GUUUGGCCAACCGGCUGUAUAAUUUGCCGCAUCACCGUCUAUACGAAUGGUAUAUUCGUAGUUCCUGGAGCUAAUUGAAACUCUUUGUUUGAAACUUUUUUCAGUGAUCACUUUCCGUUUUGUGGUUCCGUCGAUCAGCGAGCACAAUGUUUAUCGACCAAGAAGAUAAAACACACAUAAUAGCUGCAGGGCGACCUUUCCAGAUGAACAGCUUCAAUCCAUAUGAAGACAAUGGCGGUUCACUGGCAGCGAUUGCUGGCGAAGAUUAUGCCAUUAUUGCCAGCGAUACUCGUCUUUGCAGUGGUUCUACUGUACUCACAAGAAAGCAGACGAGACUCUUCAAGCUUACGAACAACGCUGUAUUGGCAUCAGCCGGAUGUUGGUGCGAUUCGCUAACAUUUAGCAAGUACCUAGAGGCCAGGCUAAGGAUGUACAACUAUGAGCACGACCAGGAUAUGAACACGUUGGCUGUAGCGCAGUGUUGUAUGACGAUGCUCUACGGAAGGCGCUUCUUUCCUUAUUACGUAUGGAAUAUGCUGGCUGGGUUAGACGAGAAGGGUAAAGGGGCUCUGUACGCCUACGAUCCUGUUGGUCAUAUGGAGACGUUAGAAUAUGCUUCAGGGGGCAGUUCAUCUGCUUUAAUUAUGCCACUACUCGAUAGCAUUGUAGGCAAGAAAAAUCAGGAAAACCCCGACAAGGCGCCUUUGAGUAAGGAUCAGGCGAUCGCUUUGAUCAAGGAUGUUUUUAUCUCUGCUGCUGAGCGAGAUUCCCAAUGUGGAGAUAGCGCGCACAUUAUGAUAAUCACUAAGGAUGGUGUCGAGGAGGUUUUCGCGGACCUGCGCAAGGAUUAAAUACAUCAAUAGACGCUUCACCAUAGUGGGCCUCUUGACAAAAAGCAACUGUAGAGCUGCCUAAAAGGAAGCGGUUUCAUUUAUCCUGUAAGCUAUCUAUUUUGAAAAGAGAGAACGAAAUAUGGAAUGAGAAACAAAUAAAAAUAAUUUCUUUUAUUCACUAAAA